GAGCCCUCGCACUUCGCUCACGAGUUCUCCUUACAGCUGGCUGCUCUUCUUGGGAAGGAGCCUGUGGAAGAUUGGGUGGCUCAGAAGCUGGAGGCUGCACUGCAACUUCAACAGGCUCAGGUUUGGGCUUUGAUCAAAGGUUGCAGCGCUAUCUGCCCGUGCUGCGGCUCCAAAUGUGACCGAACGGACAAGCACACUGCGCAUCGAUGUAGUCAUCAUCUCUUGCCAGCUUUCAAUGGUUGGCGGGUCGCGGGAACUUGCGAGGCCGCCUUGGACGCUUGCAGGAGCUCGAAAAAUCACGAGGCGCCAAAGCGAAGUGACUACUCGGACCAUCUCUUCCCCAAUCUUCAGGAGUAUCUGCAGGCGGAGCAUCCGGAAUGGCUGCCCUUUCCCAAGGAGGAGCACGGCGCAGCGUCGAAGGGGGCCCGGGAGGAAGCUGAAUACUAG